AUGAAUGUGUCGAUUAAGAAGAUGGUGAGGUUUAUUAGGAUGCUUGGAAAUAUUUUGAAUGAGGAGUGGCAAAUUGCUGAUUUGAUUUACUUUGAGGCAGAAAUACAUUUUGGAAUAGUAGAUGGAUUGAGGGAGAAGAUAGAGAAGAUAUUUGGAAUUGUACCUGAAGAUGUUGGAUUUGAUUUAGAAAGCAAGAAGUUUAGAAGGCAUUGCGGAUUGAAGGAGGUUUCUAUUGCUGGAUGUGUUUUACAUCGGGGAUACAGCCUGGUGGUUGAAGGACCGAAAAUGAGUGGAAAGCAUUGGCUAGUAGAGGAAUGCUUGAAAAGGCUGGAUUUGAAUGUAAAAAUGAUAGAAUGUGUGGAGGAAAAGGAUACUGAUGGGCAGGUGGUGAUUUUUGCUGAAAGUGGAUGUUUGCUGGAUAAGCAAGUUGCAGAUGAAAGCGUUGUACUGAAAUUGCAGAGGCUGUUGAGGUAUUCGAUAGACUUGGAGAAGCUUUUUUCGAUGAUUGGAGAGGAGCAAGGGAGUGAUUACAUAGAGAAAAUCAAGAGUUCGUUUGUAGAUGAGGAGGGAAUUGAUAUUGAUGUGUUUUUGGGAGGCAAUAUAUUUGAGCAGGUAUUUGAGAUACCUGAGACUGAAGAUGUUGUGGCAAGACAUCCAGAUGGGUGCAAGCAUUGCAGUGUGGUAAGCAUGAGGUCUUAUUGCAAAGCGAUUGAUUUUGGAAUGUGUUUUGUAAAGAUUAGUAAAGAGUUCCGGUGCCGGGAGGCAAAGAGAAGAAAGUUUUUGGACGACGGAAUAAUCAAGAUUGAGGAAUUUGAAAGAGAAGUAAAGCUGUUGAGAAAGGAGUCUGCAGUAAAGAAGGAAGGAUUGGAGGACCUGAGAAAGAUCAUUGAUGCGAAGCUUGGAAAGAUAGCAGAGGAGCAGUUAAGGAUGGAGAAUGAAAGGAGGAGUAUUGAAUGCAAAAGACGAGAAAUUGAUGAGUUUCUUGAGCUGAGCAUUGAAAGAAGAAGGAUAGUUGAUGAGAAGCUUGGGUAUGCCAGAGAGUUGCUUGAGGAGUCGUAUAAGGGAGUUCAGGAGAUGUCGAAAGGAAACCUGUCUGAGAUCAAAGCCAUGAACAAUCCGCCAGAGAUAAUCAAAAACACGGUGGAAGCGGUUUUUUUACUGAUUGAAGGGCGGAGUAGAGUGGAGGGGCGUGUUGAAUGGAAGAGGCUUGUCCAGUACAUGAAAGGAGAGGAUUUUGUUGCAAAAGUUAUGAAUUGUGGUGAUGUGUGUGUUUGCAUUAUGCUGGAGAAGCUGAUGGAUGAUCCUGGAUUUACAUAUGAAAGGGCGGUGAAGGCGAGUAAGGCAUGUGGACUUUUGUUUUCAUGGGUUGCAGCAAAGCAUCGGCAUGCAAGGAUUUUGCAGGAGAUCGAGCCACUGAAAGAUGAGAUAGGAGAGAUAGAAUGCAAGAUAGUGAACAGUCAGGAUCGGCUGAAUGCGGAAGAGAAGAGGCUGCGAGCUGUUGAAGAAAUGAUUGACGGGAUGAAGAAUGAAUAUAUGGAGCUUGAAUGCAAGCUUGAAGGCAUAAAGGCGGAAAUUGAAAUGAUUGAUACGAAGGUUGGGCAGAUUGAUUGGGUUGUGCAGUCAUUGAGUGAUGAGAUUGAGAGAUGGAGGAAGAGCAAGUAUGAAUGCCCGAUAGUUUAUAUGCUAAGCAGCAAUGAAUGGAUGUUUGACCAUGUCAGGAAUGUGUUUGUGCGAGAUUGCGACAUUGAAAGAGUAGUUGAGGGGCGAAGGUAUGUUUGCACGCGUAUUGGAGACAAAGGCUACAGACAAGUUUUGAUGAGCAGCGAAGAGUAUGGGAAUGGUGUUGUGGUGUAUGGAUGCGAGAUAUUUGAUAGGGAGGUGUACAAAGCUCUGAAGAAGCAAAUGCGGAGCCGAAGGAAUAUGCUGAUACUUGUGUCUUCGAAUGAUAGGAAUAUGUAUACAGAAUACACAUACAUGUGCAAUAGCGAAGAGCGAUUCAAAGUUGAGGAAGAGACAGAUCUGGAAGAGAUGGAGGAGAGCCUGAUUAAGUUGAUUACAGGGAAUGGCGCGUUGAGUGAGAUAUUUGAGCAGAAGAAGAGGAUGGAUGUAGCAAGGGAAAAGGAGAAGCAGAAUGCAUGCAGGAAGAGGAUGUAUGCAAUGCUUAAUGGGAUGUUUGAUGAGAAGAGCAAAUCUUUUUUUGAACAAUAUGCAAUGAGGCUUUCAUUCAGGAUAUACAAGGAGUAUGUUGAGAAAGUGAUGUACAUGAAGGUAUGCGAAGGAAUACGAAGUGAUCAUGAGGUGUUAAGGCUAUUUGAGAAUGACAAGAUGGGAGAAGUGGAAAAGAUGAUGCGUGAAUAUACAGAGUGCUUUUAUUCAGGGAUGGAGCGUGGAUCGAAGAGAAGAAGCUUGGAUGUAGUAAUGGAGAUAAAGGAUGAUUGGUUUGAUUAUACAUUAAUGAUGGCAUGCGAUGAGAUUAUAUAUGCCAUUGAGAAAGAGAUUAAUGUAUCGCAAACGAUAUCUGCAGGAAGUGCUGAGAGCAAUAUAAGAAUAUUUGAAAUGCUUUGUGAGGUAUGUGCCGAGGAGAAGAUCUACUUUGUGAAGAACAUUCAUUUUCUUGGAGAUGUGAAGAAGACAGGCAACUGCAGGUUUAUAUUUACGAUUGAUGAGGGGCAGAGGCAUCGAUUGGUUGAUGAUACAAGACUCGUUUUUUGUAAGAUGGAUAUAUCGAAGGAAGAGAUCAGAAGAUACGCUCUUUCUGCAGCCAGAGUUAAUGACGAAUUGAUAGACUUCCAUGUGAGGAUGGCGAGCAUGAAUCCUGACUUGAGUAUAAGGGACCUUAUUCUCUAUGCAGAAAGCAAGGAUGAGUGGAAUGAGGAGUAUCUAAAGACAUUGAUAUAUCGUUGUAGAAUAGAUACCUGA